GCGGUCCUGGGCGCCGAUUGGCUGCGGGCUUUCCCACAGGGCGGCAGGGCGGCGGCUAUAAGAGCGGGGAGCUGAGCGGCGGGGAGCGGGAGGUGCUGCUGCUGCACGGCCGGCUGGUGUCAGGUGCCAGGCGACCGUUAGUGGACGCCGCCGGCGGGUUUUUCUUCUCUCCCCCGCGGUUCUCGCCUUCACGUCGCCCGCCUCUCUCUCUCUUUUCAGUCACGAUGUCUGCCCGCGGCCCGGCCAUCGGCAUCGACCUGGGGACCACCUACUCGUGCGUGGGGGUCUUCCAGCACGGCAAGGUGGAGAUCAUCGCCAACGACCAGGGCAACCGCACCACGCCCAGCUACGUGGCCUUCACCGACACGGAGCGCCUCAUCGGCGACGCGGCCAAGAACCAGGUGGCCAUGAACCCCACCAACACCAUCUUCGACGCCAAGCGGCUGAUCGGGCGUAAGUUCGAGGACGCCACGGUGCAGUCGGACAUGAAACACUGGCCGUUCCGGGUGGUGAGCGAGGGGGGCAAGCCCAAGGUGCAGGUGGAGUACAAGGGGGAGAUGAAGACCUUCUUCCCGGAGGAGAUCUCCUCCAUGGUGCUCACCAAGAUGAAGGAGAUCGCCGAGGCGUACCUGGGCGGCAAGGUGCAGAGCGCCGUCAUCACGGUGCCCGCCUACUUCAACGACUCGCAGCGCCAGGCCACCAAGGACGCGGGCACCAUCACGGGCCUCAACGUGCUCCGCAUCAUCAACGAGCCCACGGCGGCCGCCAUCGCCUACGGCCUGGACAAGAAGGGCUGCGCGGGCGGCGAGAAGAACGUGCUCAUCUUCGACCUGGGCGGCGGCACCUUCGACGUGUCCAUCCUGACCAUCGAGGACGGCAUCUUUGAGGUCAAGUCCACGGCCGGCGACACCCACCUGGGCGGCGAGGACUUUGACAACCGCAUGGUGAGCCACCUGGCGGAGGAGUUCAAGCGCAAGCACAAGAAGGACAUCGGGCCCAACAAGCGCGCCGUGCGGCGGCUGCGCACGGCCUGCGAGCGCGCCAAGCGCACCCUGAGCUCGUCCACGCAGGCCAGCAUCGAGAUCGACUCGCUCUACGAAGGCGUGGACUUCUACACGUCCAUCACCCGCGCCCGCUUCGAGGAGCUCAACGCCGACCUCUUCCGCGGCACCCUGGAGCCGGUGGAGAAGGCGCUGCGCGACGCCAAGCUGGACAAGGGCCAGAUCCAGGAGAUCGUGCUGGUGGGCGGCUCCACGCGCAUCCCCAAGAUCCAGAAGCUGCUGCAGGAUUUCUUCAACGGCAAGGAGCUGAACAAGAGCAUCAACCCCGACGAGGCGGUGGCGUACGGGGCCGCGGUGCAGGCGGCCAUCCUCAUCGGGGACAAGUCGGAGAACGUGCAGGACCUGCUGCUGCUGGACGUGACCCCGCUGUCGCUGGGCAUCGAGACGGCCGGCGGCGUCAUGACCCCGCUCAUCAAGCGCAACACCACCAUCCCCACCAAGCAGACGCAGACCUUCACCACCUACUCGGACAACCAGAGCAGCGUGCUGGUGCAGGUGUACGAGGGCGAACGGGCCAUGACCAAGGACAAUAACCUGCUGGGCAAGUUCGACCUGACCGGGAUCCCCCCGGCGCCCCGCGGGGUCCCCCAGAUCGAGGUCACCUUCGACAUCGACGCCAACGGCAUCCUCAACGUCACCGCCGCCGACAAGAGCACGGGCAAAGAGAACAAAAUCACCAUCACCAACGACAAGGGCCGUCUGAGCAAGGACGACAUUGACCGGAUGGUGCAGGAGGCGGAGCGGUACAAAUCGGAAGAUGAAGCCAAUCGCGACCGCGUCGCCGCCAAAAACGCCGUGGAGUCCUAUGCCUACAACGUCAAGCAGACGGUGGAAGACGAGAAACUGAGGGGCAAGAUCAGCGAGCAGGACAAAAAUAAGAUCCUCGACAAGUGUCAGGAGGUGAUCAACUGGCUCGACCGAAACCAGAUGGCAGAGAAAGAUGAGUAUGAACACAAGCAGAAAGAGCUGGAGAGAGUGUGCAACCCCAUCAUCAGCAAACUUUACCAAGGCGGCCCUGGCGGCGGGUCCGGAGCCUCCGGGGGACCCACCAUCGAAGAAGUGGACUAAGCUUGCACUUCAAGUCAGCGUAAACCUCUUUUCCUUUCUCUAAUUUUCCCCCCUUUUGUUUUUCUUCUAAAUGUCCUGUGCCAAGUAUGAGAUCUAUUUUUGGAAGCCUUUAGCCCAGUGUAUGCAUAUGAAAGGAAAGGAGCAGCAACUUAGUUUAAUUAUAAAAAGUUAGUUCUGAAGUUUGAUUAUUUGAGGUUUCUCUUUAAUGCAUUUUGCUGUUUGCUGACUUGAGCAUUUUUGGUUAACUUAGUGUUUGAGAUGGGAGACCUGAAGUUUGCACACAUGUUCUGUGGAAGCUUGGUAACAAUAAAAUACAUAAGAGCUUGAAUUGUUUAUUUUUAUGUACUACAAGAGGAGAGUCAACAUUGCAGUAAAGUCAAGAACAGUCAUUAUUUUUGCACACAAUUGCAUACCUACAAAUUCAAAGUAAAGCUGAAAUUGAUCUGAAAA